CUGAGUGGGUGAAAACACACACAUAUAGACACACACACAUACACACACUGGGAACACACACACACACACUGUGUCAGCGGAUGAGUGAAGAAGAAGUGUCCGCUGCUCUGACAUCGGGUCCGGUCAAGUUGAAGUGGAGCCGCGCGGGACGCUCGCAUCUCCAAAGUGCGCACUGUGCGUCAGUGCUAAGAGCGGAAACACGCACAGCGGAUUCUCUCGUUUUUUGUGGAAACUAAAAUCGGGAGGAAGAAGUGUUGCUCUUUUCUCGCAGCUCCUCUUCGGGACUCUUUCUCUUCCGCCGCGCUGAUGGAAUGCUCUCCUCUGCUCGGAUUAUCGCUCCUCUGAGCUCCGCUUCCUUCACAGCGGCGGUGACCCCUGCGGCUCCUCCGGGGCUCUGCCGUCCUUCCGCCCGUAGCGACUCCUCCCCGGUCUCCUCCGAGCUCCAGCGGUCGUUCAUAUGAGCGCAGCGUUCAGUCCGUCCUUCAUGGUGAUGCAGCGGCCACUCGGAAGCACCACCGCCUUCAGCAUCGACUCUCUGAUCGGGGGGCCUCCUCAGCCCAGUCCGGGACACUUUGUAUACACUGGGUACCCGAUGUUCAUGCCGUACCGGUCGGUGGUGCUCCAGCCGCCCCCUCCGCCUCCCCCAGGCCUACAACAGGCGCUCCCCACCGGACACCACCCACACCCGCAGAUCCCUAGCCUGCAGAGCGGCUUUUGCUCCAGCCUGGCGCAGGGCCUGACGCAGGGCAUGGCGCUCACCUCCACGCUCAUGGCCUCCCUCCCCGGCGGUUUCUCCCCAUCCCAGCAGCACCAGGAGGCGGCCAGGAAGUUCGGCUCUCAGGCGCUGCACGCGGUCUUCGACAAAGCUCAGGAGCUGCGGCUGGACGCGGAGGACGGCAAGAGCUUCCUGCAGGGGAAGGAGUCCGCGGCGCUGCCGGCUUUCCACGACACGGACGCGCCGGUGCAAACAUCCACAGUCAGAGCACACAGUAAAGACGACUCCAAGGAGGACGACUGCGGCCGGAAGGACGAGAGUUUCUCCAUGGACAGCGACCUGGACUACAGCUCGGACGAUAACCUCACCUCCAUGUGCCACAAAGAGGACGGGGACGGAGGAGGAGGUCUGGAUGAAGGCCCGCACCUACACGGCUCCGCCGGCGGAGGCUCCGGGGCGGGAGCCGGCGGCGGUGGCGCAGGCAGCGGAGGCGGAGGGAAGAACCGGCGGCGGAGGACGGCGUUCACCAGCGAGCAGCUGCUGGAGCUGGAGAAGGAGUUCCACUGCAAGAAGUACCUGUCCCUCACGGAGCGCUCCCAGAUCGCGCAUGCGCUGAAGCUUAGCGAGGUGCAGGUGAAGAUCUGGUUCCAGAACCGGCGCGCCAAGUGGAAACGCGUCAAGGCCGGAAACGUGAACAACAAGUCCGGGGAGCCAUCCCGGAACCCCAAAAUAGUGGUCCCGAUCCCGGUGCACGUGAGCCGCUUCGCAAUAAGGAGUCAGCACCAGCAGAUGGAGCAGGCCAGACCGUAGAAGAAGGACAGAGGCCGGACUGAGAGGCCGCGAGCCGCGUUUAUUUUAUUGUGAAAAUCUCGGGUUCAAGAUUUUCAAGAUUCCUGCAGAAAAACGAAAAGAAAAGUAACUGAGUUUAACCUGAUUUGGUUCAUGUGCGGCUGAUUUUUCUUAAAUUAUUCAUAUUUCAAAUGAUUUCUUUCAUCAAAGCCACUCAGGAACAGAAAAUAUGGAAAAUCCUGAGAAAAUAUCCAAUUAAAUGAUUAAAAAUUAAAUUUAGGCCAAAAUGUUCUGGAUAUAAUCUGAACAUCGAACAAAUUCAAACAGAAAGGAGAAAAUAUAUAAAAUAUAAAAACAAUCAGCUGAUUUUUUUUUCUUUCAUCUUAAUGAUCACCUUACUGCAACAUUUUUACCAUGGGUUAAAAAAAAAAAAAGGUAAAGAUCUCAUUAAUGAUUUUUUUUAAUUGCGUUUAUAGGGAUUUUACAUCUUUGAAUUGAGUCGAUUUUGAUGAAGGAAUCAGAGAAAUAAAGUCACGAAUGAGAGGAAAAUUAUUAUCCAUCAUUUCUUAAAGAGGGAUGUUUUUUAAAGCCCACUUUAAAAAUUAUUUUCUUUCAUUUUUUAAUGUCAUUUUGUGCAAAUUGUGGCGCUGAUUUGAGAAAAUUCCGCUUUUUCUGAGCGGAGUUUUUUUGCACACUGUAAACAGCCGACAUCUCCCCCCCAAAACGACCCCUGAUUUAUUCCAUUUCAGACUUCACCCUCUGCUGCUUCUUCUUCUCUGCAGGAAGUUUAAAAUAAAAGCACACCAGAAGUCUGAGCGCGUGACUGAGCGGCUCUUUGCGCAAUUUUCAAAUCAAACGUUUGCGGCACCAAAAAAAAAAAAAUUAAAUACAUUUUUAAAAAACUGUGGCGGACGCGCAGCGGGAGGAGGAGGAAGAGACAAACUGACGGGGUUGUUUCGGCAACACGUUGACCAACACACCCCUCCCCCGUGUUCACCCCACCCAGCACCCCAACCCACGUGUAAAUACUUCCGGGACCAAGCAGAGGACUCACGUGUGUUUCUGUUUGUGUGGACUGA